AUGGUCAUACUUGGAGCAGUUGCAUCACAAGAUAUGUGGAUUUGGCAUGCUUUUUUUGGUUCUCCUGGUUCGAUUAACGACAUCAACGUUCUUAAUCGUUCACCAAUAUUUAACAAUAUAUACGAUGGAUCCGCACCAGAUUCUUCUUUUAAAGUGCGUGGAACGCCAUAUAAGUAUGAUUAUUAUCUGGUUGAUGGAAUCUAUCUUGAGUAUGCUGUGUUUGUUAAAUCGUUUACAGCUCCACAUGGUUCUAGACGAAAGAAAUUCAAGAGAGCUCAAGAAAGAGCUAGGAUGGAUGUUGAGCGUGCUUUUGGAGCUCUGAAGAAACGGUGGUUCUUAUUGAAAAAACCAGCAACUUAUUUAGGCGAGGAAAAACUUCAAGAAAUCAUGUAUACAUGUCUUAUAUUGCAUAACAUGAUUAUCGAAGACGAAGGAAGAGUGAUAUAUGCGUUUGACGAGGAAGAAACCAUACCAUAG